GCCAAAGUGCACGUCACUUUGAUUGUGUGAAUAAAUUUUUUGUGGCAUAAUUUCAUUCAGAAUUCUGCCUUGUUUAAGUAGGUUAAUGCCGACGCUGAUCGUCGUGUGAUUUUUAUAAAAUAUUAUAUGGUCGAUAUAAAAUCGCGGGUGUUAUUUCCAGAGAAAUAUAAAAACUGUUUCUGAGUAUUUGGAGGACUAUUCCAGUGUUAUGACAUUGACAUGUGUGUUUCCGCGGGAGUUUUAAGUUGUUUGUGAACUUUUUAGAUAAUUUAAAAAAACGUUCGUGUAUGUUUUGCUAGAGCGAGCACCUCAGUUUUUGCGGUGAAAGUACUUAAGUAGUAUGUGUACGAGGAGUGACGAGCCGAUGACGCUGCUCUUACGGACACCUGUAUGUGCCCUUGUAUGAUUGGCAACUCACCAUAGUAUGUUUGCAAUUCGACGACACCUUCCGCUAAGUUAAUUGGCAGAUAUAAUCGUGAAAAAGCUUUUCUAACAGCAAGAUGGGGUUUACUAUGACGGAGGGUGGCUUCGGGUUGGCCGAUUACGUGGUCUUCUUGACCAUGUGCAUAGCGUCGUGCGCUGGCGGCCUCUGGUACAGCUACACUAGCUCCACCAAGAAGAGAGUGGUGGACAUCAGGGACUACCUUCUCGGCGGCAAGUCCAUGUCUACCUUUCCAGUCGCUCUCUCCCUGAUCGCUAGUUACGUGUCUGGAGUGACGAUUCUGGGCACCCCAGCCGAGAUCUACAACUACGGAACCCAGUACUGGUUGGUGGUAGUCGGAGUGGCUUCUAGUUGCAUGGUAGUUGCUAUAGUCUAUCUACCAGUCUUCUGUCUGCUCAAGCUGUCGUCAUCGUACGAGUAUCUAGAAUUACGAUUCAAUCGGCAUGUGCGAGCCGUUGCUUCAAUUCUCUUCUUAUUAGACGAGGUUUUAUUCUUGCCGAUGGUGAUUUAUGUCCCCGCUUUGGCAUUCAAUCAAUUGACUGGUUACAAUGUCUACUUCAUUGGAUGCAUUAUGGUUAUAAUAUGCGGUCUUUACACUGCCUUGGGUGGUCUCCGCGCAGUAGUGUGGACAGACUCUGUGCAGACCGGCAUCAUGUUCCUUGGUGUGGUGCUGGUGGCUGUGGCCGGCACCCUCGCGGUGGGUGGGGUGAGCACCGUCAUUGAAAUCGUCCGCGACAACGACCGCUUUGACUUGUCCAAUUGGAACUUGUCUCCAUACGAGCGGCAGACGGGCUGGGGUGCGGUGUUCGGAGGCUUCCUGUACUGGACUUGUUUCAACUCUGUCAACCAGACCAUGGUGCAGCGGUACAUUGCCCUGCCUACCAAGCGGAUGGCCAUAUGUGCUCUAGCUAUCUUCUCUGGCGGGGCGAUUUUGGCCAUUUCCCUAUGUUCCUGGAGUGGGUUGGCAGCGUUCGCCACCUGGGUGCAAGGGGGCUGCAACGAGACCGGGACGCCCCUGGUUGACGACCGCUUGCUGCCGGCUUUUGUCACCUAUGUCUCGGAGGUCAAGCAUCUCCCAGGGUUACCCGGAGUCUUCCUGGCUGGAGUUUUCGGAGCUGGGUUGAGUUCGUUGUCAGCAGUCCUGAACGCAUGCGCGCUGGUGGUGGUGGAAGACAUCAUGCACGGCUGGCUGCGCGUGCACAUGAAGCCGUUGAUCGAGGGUAUCCUGGCGCGGGUCAUCACUGCCAUGCUGGCGAUAGUGUCCGUUCUCAUGCUCAUCGUCAUAGCUCAGCUUGGCGGGGUUCUUGGUGUAGCUACAGCGUUAUCAGCGAUUGCCGCUAGCGCCACCUGUGGCAUCUUCACGCUGGGCAUGAUGUGCUGGUGGGUGGGCCCGCGCGGGGCGAUCGCGGGCGGCAUCGCCGGGGCCCUGGUCGCGGGCACCACGUCGCUGGGCUCGCAGGCCGCGGCCGCCGCGGGCCUCGUCCACCCCCCAAGGCCUGUCUCGUCCUGUAACGUGCCUAUUAGUGUUUCUUCAUUCGACCCUACUUCAGUAUUCCCUCUGUUCCGGGUGUCGUACCACUGGAUCGCGCCGCUCGGCUUAGCGUCGACGUUGAUCGUUGGCGCGAUCGUCGGCUAUUUAUUCGACAUAAGAGACCCGUCGAAGCUGGACGCCGAACUAUUCACGCCGAUCAUAUGGCGGUGGCUGCCGGAGAAGGCCCAUGAGAAUGCGGGGAUGGUGAGGCGCGCCGUGUCCGAGAUGUCAAAUAGACGCGUGACGUCGUCGCCGCUUCUGGUACCAAAGACAAGUAACAAGACCGACAAGAUUGAAUUGAACGGGUAAAAGAGCUAAUGAGAGGAUGAGAAUCUUUUUAUAUAUAUAAUUGUUAAAACUGUACAUUGAUAGUGUCAAAAUUAAGUACCAAUGUCACGAUUAUAAAUUGUGGUGUGCAAAAUUGUAUGUGGUAGACUAGGCAUUUUUAGGUUAGUAGGUAUAUUAUUAUUAUUGUUAUGAAGAAUGUAAAUGAGUGGUGGGACCAAAAUAUUACCUAUACAUUUUUAUUUAUGUCAUAAUCUCUAACGAGUUUUGCUAAGAAUGUAUGUUUGAAUAAUUUUAAAAAGUUUAUGUAUCUUAAAUACGGAGAACGAGAAAUAAUGGGACCACGGUAUUAAUGGACAGUCAAGGUAGGUACACACCUACUGCGCAACGUGUAUUCGGGAUUUUUUGUCGUCUUCGAGACCUGCCAUUAAAUAAACGCGUAUUGAUACACAUUCGAUCUAUACCAGCCCUGAUCGAGUCGUGUCUAAAUCAUCGGUCCUAAAUGUGCAUUAUGCCUAUUUUUAGAUGUUAUGGUCUCUCGCUGUAGUUAUAUUAAUAAUAUUGUUAAAUUUAAUGUAAAACAUCACCAUGAUAUAUAUAUAUAGAUAUAUUAAGAAAAAAAAUUCUCGAGUAACUCAUUUUAUCAAUGCAAAAAAUCAAGAGGUGCUGGAAUAUUGUGAAAUAAUUUAGGAAUAAUAUAUUAGUCAAUUACUUUGGAAGCUAUCGAAUAUAAAUUAAGGAAAAUUAAGGAAAAGAAUAGGCGUCUAUUAUCGCCUUAGAAAUCGAUAAUAAAAUUCGAAGAUACAAAAGCCUAACUAUCAUUACGAUACCAGUGGCAUGAAAAUGAUUGAAAUUUUGAACGAAAUAACGUCUAAAAACUUUGCUUCGAAAUGAAAAUACUAGCCUAUAGUAUUAUGUGAUAAACCCACGAUAAAGCGUAAACAUUAUUGAGAGAAUCGCGACUUGUCGCCAAUCUAUUUUAUUUAACCGUAGGUAUCUACUCAGUAUUCUAAAAAUACUGAAGCUAAAUGCUUAAAUAUUUUUAGUUUAUACAUUGUUAUUAUUGUUGGACAUAAUUAAUUCCGUUUGAACCUGACCAUUGGCCAGAAAAUAUGAAUACAGGUCAAAAAGUUUAGCGUUGUUAAUUUCAUUAGUAAAUAUAUUCUAAUAUAAUUUUAGGAAUAUUAUUUUUAAAAUGUCUACUUAUUUAGUUCGCGUAUUGACAGAACAGUAUUGUUACUUAUUUAAAUUUAUAGCUUAUUUUUGUCAAAUUUAUUUGAUAAAGUCGUUAAACAAAAGGAGAUAGUUUGUCAACACAAAAUUUGUUUUAAUAUUAAAAUUGUCAUAUAAGAACAUACAGUCUGCCCAUAAAGAGUAAAAACGGAUUUGAGAGAAACUAUGUGUUUUUAUCAUCGAAUUGUCGUGAUUGGUUCAUACACAUUCAGUGUUACCAGCCAAGUGGACACAGCGUCCUCAAUUAUUUAAAACUCUUCAUAAAUAUACUCGCCGACUAAAAAUGUGCGCUGGGCAAAUCAAAGAUAACUUGUUUCUGCUUUGAUUUUUUCCAAAAUUAAAUCAAUAGGUUUUGUUUAGGUAGUUAAUAAAAAAUAUAAAUCAGUAAAACAAAAUCAAUCGUGACUUAAACUGAUAAGAACGUACAAUGUAGAUAUUAGAUAAAAUAAUUAAUGUCUAGAAUUGUAUUUUUGGAAAUCGCUGUGGUGAAAAUUUGGUAAGUGAUUAUAUACUUUACAAAUAUCAAGUAUACAGCAUUUGUACACUAUUUUGUAAUGUAACGUUGUACUUAUAACGAUGUAUUUUUUAUAAAAAAUAUAGUUUACUAUUUACCUAAUAAUGUUACGACUUACAAUGAGAAUCUGUACCUGAUUUCGUGAAGAGUCUAGCAAAAGUUGAUCUAUUUUUCACUGUGGUAAUACUAGGUACUUACUACUGGUAAAUUGUGUAUAUGUACAUACACAAUAUAUUAGCAAAAUUAUGAUUUAAUUAAUAUCUAAUUCGUGAUAAAUUUUUGAACAGUAUUUUAUUAUUCAUAUCUCACGUUACAAGCAUAAAUUAUGAUCACAUUAUCUUGCAGAAUAAAGAUUAAUGUAAUAUUUACCAUUUACCUACUUAAUUUAUACAAUGUUGAUACAGAUUAUUAAUAAAUGUAUUUACACAACA